UCUUUGUAAUAGUGAACUGGUAAUAACAAUAAUGUUGUGCUGCUUGGUUUGCCUAUCUGAUGUACUACUAAUGCUGUGAACAAAUCUUCUGUACAAGCACUUGAAACCAUCAAACCUGAGCUGUUUAUUAGUUAAAUUCUUGUGCUUUUCUCCUAUUUAUUACAUCCUUCUACGUAUGUUUCCUAUUUAGUGUUGUAAUAAUUUAUCCUGCUGCUCUCUAUCAUAUUUUACAACUUGAUAGCAGAUGGACCUGGAGCAACAUUGGGACAACAUGGCAGGCCAUGGUGGAGCUGGACAAGUGCAUUGGUCCAACGCAAUCUCUAGCUUUGUACUCAAAUUCUUAGCUGACCUAGUUGCUAGUGGCACUAAAACCUCCACAGGCUUCAAGCAAGUUCAUCUUAAUAGCUGCGCUAGAGCUUUGUAUGAGAACCUGGGGGUCCAGCGCACCGGCGCACAGGUUGGUAAUCAUCUUAGGAAGUGGAAAAAAGUUUAUGCAAAGAUUGAGAAACUGAAGAAUUUGAGUGGAGCUAUUUGGGAUGAACAAAAUUGCAUAAUUAGUCUUGAUGCAGAGCACUACAAUAAUCAUAUUCAGGCCCACCGUGAAGAUGCCAACUACUUAAACAUUCCGAUUGAGCACUAUCAUGAGAUGGCCACCAUAUUUGGCAAUAGUUUGGCAACCGGUGCAUAUGCUAAAGGAUCAAGCGACCCACUUGGCACUGAAGUGACUCAAAUAGAUGAUGCACCAAAAGGCACAUCUACUGAUCCAAGUGAACAAUUAGGUGCUGAUGAUGGAACAAACUCAGGCAAUAACGGUGCAGAGUCCUCAGGUACAAAACCACCACCGUCAAAGAAGCAAAGGAUAACUACUGAUGAUGACUUGAUUGUGAUGAUCAGUCAGAUCCUUGGAGAGCUUUGUUCGUCUAUAAAAAAGGUGGCUGAACCUGAUCUUGCUGUUCCAAAGGGACUCUACGCAGAGCUAAAGAGCAUUCCGGGGUUCAAUGAGGCACAUCUUGAUCACUACUUUGCUUAUCUGUGUGACAACCCCCCACUAAAAAAAAGGGUGUUUUACGCAUCGCCUAACCUUUCUAGCGAAACGAUAUGGGUGGCUAGGUACAUCAAGAAUCACUUGUCUGAACUGAUGUAGGUACUUUCUGAUGAAGUGGUAUUUUGGUCUGAUCACUACAGGUGGACAAAACUUAUGUGUCCUAUUAUGGUUUGGUAGUCUGAUAGUGUGGCUCUU